CGAAAAGUUUGACAUCCCCGAUUUAACCAGUAGAUGGCGCUGUAUUUAGCUGAGGAGGCGGGCUUCACUUUAAUUCCACCAAUCAGAAGCCGAGGUCAUAGUUCACCACCCACAAUCCAAUAUGGCGGCGAAUAAGAGAGUUCUGUAUAUCGGUGGUUUAGCGGAGGAGGUGGAUGAGAAGGUUUUACACGCAGCCUUCAUACCCUUUGGAGACAUCACGGACAUCCAGAUCCCUCUGGAUUAUGAAACAGAAAAGCACAGAGGCUUUGGGUUCAUUGAGUUUGAGCUGGCAGAGGAUGCAGCAGCAGCUAUUGAUAACAUGAAUGAGUCAGAACUUUUCGGACGGACCAUCCGGGUCAACAUCGCCAAGCCUAUGAGAAUCAAAGAGGGUUCUUCGCGACCAGUGUGGUCGGAUGACGACUGGCUGAAGAAGUUUUCGGGAAAAACCUUGGAGGAGGCUGAGGCGGAGGCGGCAGCAGCAGGUGAACCAACCAGCAAAACACAGGAGGCGGAGCCACCAGCUAAAAAGAGCAGAGUAAAUCCACAGGUCUACAUGGACAUCAAGAUUGGGAACAAACCAGCAGGAAGACUGCGCUUCCUCCUGCGGGCGGACAUCGUUCCGAUGACGGCAGAGAAUUUCCGCUGUUUGUGCACACACGAGAAGGGCUUUGGCUUCAAGGGAAGCAGCUUCCAUCGCAUUAUACCUCAGUUCAUGUGUCAAGGCGGCGACUUCACCAACCACAACGGCACCGGCGGGAAGUCCAUCUACGGACGAAAGUUUGACGACGAAAACUUCGUGCUCAAACACACGGCUCCAGGGCAGCUGUCCAUGGCCAACUCUGGACCAAACACAAACGGAUCUCAGUUUUUUAUCACAACCGACAAAACCGACUGGCUGGAUGGCAAACAUGUGGUGUUUGGAGAGCUGGUGGAUGGGAUGGAUGUGGUUCGAGCAAUGGAGGCUCAGGGGGCAAAAGAUGGCAAACCCAAGCAGAAAGUGAUCAUCUCAGACUGCGGUGAAUACGUGUGAACGAAUGCAGAAAUGGUCAUUUGAGAGCAGCAGGGGUGUUUCUGGUCUUUUGCAUUUUUUUAAUUUUCAUCUUCUGUCCUGUAAAUAUUUCAUUAAAUACUUUUUAUAAAGAAAAGA